AUGCUAGAGCUCAGCGCCGUUAUAGGACAUAUUACAGGCGUUUUGUAUGUCUCUGCGAUGAUUCUUCCCCUGUGGUAUUUUACAUCGUACCUCAUUUCGCCCCUGUGCCAGUUUCCUGGCCCAUUCCUUGCCGGUAAGUUAGCUCUUACAGUUGUACCCAGCUGGAUAAAUGUGUUACAUGUUUUUUCUCUAAGAUGGACCAAUCUGUGGCGAAUGUUUCAUGUUCGGCAAGGAAAAUAUCAUGUGGUGAUCCAAGAGCUGCGCGAAACGUACGGUCCCGUGGUGCGGAUAGCGCCCAACGUCUUGGAUCUAGAUAUUCCUGAGUUGAUCAAGACUGUUUACAACACCAAAGAGAAUUACAUCAAGACAGAGUUUUACCAUGGUAGCAGUGCCGUGAAUAACGGAAAAAUUAUUUAUAAUCUAUUCAGUGAAUGCAAGCCGGAAGUCCAUUCAGCACGCAAAAGACCCGCCUCUAAGUACUUUUCUCUGAAUGGCAUUCUCACGCUUGAACCUCACAUGGACAGCACGAUUCAGUAUUUUUGCCAGCGUUUAGACGAGAAAUUCGUCGACGGAUCUAAUUCUUCCCAAAUAUGCGACCUCGGAGAAUGGAUUUCUUACUGUGCUUGGGACGUCCUUGGCCAAGCUACAUUUAGUCAGCCGAUCGGAUACCUAGAAAAAGGCUACGACUUUGACACCACUCUCAAGACGGCUGAUAUCGCUAUGGAUUAUUUUACCUUGGUCGGACAGAUGCCAAUACUCGAUCAUCUACUUGACAAAAACCCAGUUUAUAGGCUUGGACCACCCUCUUUCGGUACCAUCACCAAUAUCUCGAUCCAACAUCUAGUGGACCGUCUCCAGGGUAAUGAUGCGGGAUACCAUGACUCGGGCAAACCAGAUUUCCUAGACAAAUUUAUACAGGCGAAACAAGACUCCCCAGACAUUUUUGAUGACACACUGAUUGUUUCUUGGUUGAGAUGGUAA